UUUUCAAUCGAGGGACCGUCAAAGACAGAUCUUAGCUGUCAUGACAACGAAGAUGGCACAGCAGACGUUACGUACAUUCCAAAGGGUCCUGGCGAGUAUGCAGUGCAUAUCCUUUACAAGGACGAGGAUAUCUUGGACAGUCCUUUCAUGGUUAACAUCGCGCCUUGCCCUUACGGCGUUGAUGCCAGUCAGGUGCGGUGCUAUGGUACGGGGUUGUCAAAAAACGAGGUAUCGAGGGGUCAACGAUGUGAAUUUGCCGUCGACACCAGUCUGGCUGGCAAAGAGGAAGUUAACGUGUGGGCGGUAGACUCGAACCUGAACGUCAUCGACAUUAAGAGAGAGGGUCGAUCAGCCACGCUGCACACAUUUUCGUACCUGCCACUGAAAGCCACUAGGCACACUGUGUUCGUCACUUACGGAGGAGCGUCGGUACCGGACUCGCCAUUCAAGGUAGGGUGUCUUUAA